AUGGUUGCGGCUCCAGUUCCGGUUCCGGUUACUGUUCUAGAGGGUUUUCCAGUUCCUCUGUAUGGGCAGGAUUCUCUGGCAGAAGAUCAAAGAUCAAGCCUAUUGAAUCAGUCUGCUUGUUUGGAAUUGGAGGUUCUUCAGAAUGAUAUCGAUUUGCUUCAUCCACCAGUUGAUCUGGAGAAGAGGAAGCACAAGCUCAAGCGGCUCUUGUUGACCCCUAAUUCUUUCUUCAUGUUUUAUUCUUGUACAGGAUGUUUCAACAUAACUACAGUGUUCAGUCACUCGCAAACCGUUGUGUGUGGGAACUGCCAGACAGUGUUGUGCCAGCCUACUGGCGGGCGAGCCAGGCUCACUGAGGGUUGCUCCUUCAGGAAGAAAGGGGACUGA